CGGAGCAGCAGAAUAAAGCUGCCGGUGGAGGACUGGCUCGGCGCGUCUCUCUUCUCUCCCCAGCUGCAGUCAUGUUUGUGUACCUGCUGGGCCUGGUGGCCCUGUACUACCUGUACCGCUGGAUCCGGGAGCUUCCCAGGGUCUCCGACAAGGGCCAGAAGUACGUCUACGUCACGGGCUGCGACACCGGCUUCGGCAACCUGCUGGCCCGCCACCUGGACAAGGAGGGCUUCAGGGUGAUCGCCGGCUGCUACAGCGAGAAGGGCGAGGAGGACCUGAGGAAGUCCUGCUCCGGGAACCUGACCACGGCUCACCUGGACGUCUCGUCCGAGGACAGCGUGGACCGAGUGGCCGCCAUGAUCAAGGACAAAGUGGGAGCGCGAGGUCUCUGGGCCGUUGUGAACAACGCCGGCGUGUCCGUUCCCUCCGGCCCGUGCGACUGGAUGACCAUCAAGGACUACAAGGGCAUGCUGGACGUGAACCUGACCGGCGUGAUCGCCGUCACGCUCAGCGUCCUGCCGCUCAUCAAGAAGGCCAAGGGGAGGGUGGUGAACGUGGCCAGCGUGUUCGGGAGGAUCAGCCCCACCGGGGGUCCCUACACCGUCUCCAAGUACGGCGUGGAGGGCUUCAACGACAGCUUGAGGUUGAACAUGGCGCCCUUCGGCGUGAAGGUGCUCUGCAUCGAGCCGGGCUUCUUCAAAACCAACGUGACCAACGCCGACAUCCUGAGCAGGAAUGUCCAGAUGCUGUGGGACAGACUGCCGCAGCAGGUCAGAGACGAGUACGGACCCCAGUAUCUGCCCAAAGCUCUGGAAGUGAUCUCGGGCACGGUGGCCAAGAUAUCGGACGGGGACCUGAUGAAGGUGGUGCUGUGCAUGGAGCACGCCGUGGCCGCCGUCCGGCCGCGCACGCGCUACUCCCCGGGCUGGGACGCCAAGUUCUUCUGGCUGCCGCUGUCCUACAUGCCGUCCUGCAUCGCCGACUACAUCCUUCUGAAGGAGGCCAUCCCGAUCCGGGACACGAAUCAGUGAUUUUAUAACCCUGCUCUGCACGCACUGUUUGUACUGUCUCAUUAAAUGAUCCAAAACUGUGUGUGUGUGUGUGUGUGUGUGUGUGUGUGUGUGUGUGUGUGUGUGUGUGUGUGUGUGUGCUUUGUUGAUAACACACCACAUGUGGAAGAGCACACAACUCUGACCGGUGCCGCUUGUCUGCAGUGAUCAGGCUCGAUCUGUUUGUUCUCUCUUUGAUGGAAACUCAAACACACACACACAACCACCAGGAACACACACACACACAGUUUGGCCCUCAUUUAAAUGGCUUUCUGCAGAUCUGAGCGCAGGAUUCACCGUACGGCAGGACCCACCUGAGAUUUAUGAAGUGUUCGUAUCUGACCGAUCUCGGCGUUAAAAAUGAUCGGGUGUUGAUAAGUUCGGCAGCUGACAGCGGCCGUCAUAAACGUGGUUCAGAAGCCCCGCCCACUGAGGUCAGGCGCAGGGGUCUUAGCAAAUAGAGAAAGUUUUUAGUUUGAAAUUGAUUCCCUCCCCUGUAACAAUAUUGUACUGAAAAUAACUAUCACUGGUUUGGGCCAAACAAUCCUCCAAUUUGUAUUUGAAGUAUCUUCAUUUGUUAUUUUCUCACAUAAACAUCCCUUUGAGAAGAGCAAACCCAGUUAUUGAACUGUAUCUAGACUACAUUGUAAUGUGACGAUCCAGAAUAAAAAAA